AUGAACUUUGAGAACAUUCUCGCAGAUAUCAAUGGAUUUGGAAGGUUUCAGAUCAUGAUCAUUGUGAUCAGCUUCAUUGGCCGUUUCACUCUUCCCUGUCACUUCAUGCUCAACAACUUCAUCGCUGCUGUUCCCUCUCACCACUGUGACAUCAGAUCUCUGGACGAAGAAGACAUUUUUAGGAGUUUAUCCCCGGCGGACAAGCUUUUUGUGAGUAUUCCUGUGCAGGAGGAUGGGACUCCAAACUCCUGUCAGAUGUUUGCAGAGCCGCAGUAUCACCUGCUGCUCAACUCCUCCAACAUCACUGAACUACCCACAGUGUCGUGCCAGAAUGGAUGGGUGUACGAUAACUCUACUUUUAAGUCUACUCUGACUUCAGAGUGGGACCUGGUGUGUGAUAGGAGAGGUAAAAACAAAGCGACCGCUACCAUCUUCUUUGUUGGAGUGAUGUUUGGAGCCAUGUCGUUUGGUAGUCUGAGUGACAGGUAUGGGCGGAGGAUCAUGCUGCUGGUGUCCUAUGUGACUGGAAUGCUCUUUGCCAUUGCAAGUGCUUUUUCUACAUCCUACGUGAUGUUUGUGGUGCUGAGGUUCUUCACUGGGUUUUGCAUCACAGGCAUCGUCAUAGUCUCGGCAGUCCUCAGUGUAGAGUGGGUGGACAUUGAGCACAGGAAACUUGUGGGAGUAAUCGACAGCUUAUCCUGGACCUUUGGGAACACAGCAUUUGCUGCUAUCGCUUACUUUGUGAAUGACUGGAGAUGGCUGGUUGUUAGCGUCAGCUCACCUCUGGUCCUGGGCAUCAUCACCUGGAGGUGGAUGCCAGAAUCAGCAAGGUGGCUUAUAGCCAAUGGGAAACUGGAGCAGGCUCAGGUGUAUUUGAAAAACUGUGCCCAGAUGAACAAAAGAGAGGAUUCAACAGACUCUCUGAAAAUUGAGACACUUUCCACCAUUGUAGUGACUGAAAAAAGAGAGCGCACCUACUCCUACCUGGAUCUGAUACGAACACCGAAAAUGAGGAGACUAGCCUUCAGCACUGGUAUACUGUGGUUUUGUGUGGCCAAUUCUUUUUACGGCAUCAGCUUUAACAUCACAGGCUUCGGGCUCAACAUCUACCUCACUCAGUUCACUUAUGCUUUGGUUGAACUACCGGCCAAAGUAUCCGUUUAUUACUUACUGGAUAAGAUAGGCAGGCGGAGGACUGAGGUGGGAUCUCUUUUUCUGGCUGCUGUCUGUCUUGGCAUCAACAUUUUAGUACCUAAAGACAUGUCCGUGGUGAGGACAGUGGUAGCCGUCAUUGGAAAAGGGUUUUCUUCAGCAUCGUUUGGCACUGUGGUUCUCUACAGUUCAGAGCUCUAUCCCACUGUAGUGAGGCAGAAUGGUAUGGGCUGGAACUCGUUCAUGGCUCGUCUGGGUGUGGCUGUGGCUCCUCUGAUCCUCUUACUGGACGAGGUGUGGAGAGACCUGCCGCAGGUGGUCCUGUGUCUCAUGGCUUUACUGGGAGGAAUGGUGGCAAGAACGCUGUCAGAGACACGCAACAAGUGCCUGCCAGAGACCAUAGAGGACAUUGAACAGCACUGGUAGUCCCUCAAAUCACUGCUUAUGUAUUUCAACUGUUAAAUUUAGUGGUUCAGUUGAUGCUUAAAGUAUGAUUACCUUCUCAUGUUAUUAAACUAGUUUUUGUUUUAAUGGAUAUUUAAGUCAAUGUGAGCAAAAACUUGAUACUGUUUGAAUUUUUGAUUAACACUUAGUAGUAGCACUGAUCUCUUCAAAGUAAAUCUUUUACAAAUUGUGGCACUAAAGAUGUGAUCCUUUCUGUUACACCAACUCACAAGCCUUUGUCACAGCUUACACACUGUAUGUACAUGAGCUACAGGUUGUCAGGUGUUUUAGUUACCAUCAACUAUUUUGAGAAGUGAAAAUUAUCCAGAUUGUUCCAAGAAAAAUGAUCCAAAUUAAUUAAUUUAAUUUAGUUUGUUUUUGUAGCUCAUACAGGGGCAUCAGGAUGGAGCACAGGAGCUUUGAUUUGAGAAAAUGUAAAAAAUAAAUAACUAUGUAGGAGAACAAUGUCUUCCACCCUAUAUUAUUCAUUGUUUAUCAUCAGCUCCGCCCACAGGAUGGGAAGCACAGUUACAUCGAGGUGAAUACAAUAUGU